GAAGAUGCUACGGAGUUGGAUCGAUGAAAUGGAUCAGCGUCUGGAGGUUCAGAAGGACAGUGCUGUUGACAACAAUGACAUUAAACAGCAGCUCGCCCAGCAUCAGGAAUUACAGAAAGAACUGCAAGGGAGAAGGGCAGAUUAUGAAGUGACACUGAGAAUUGGGCAGGUGUUAAUGGACAAGGCGAAACAUCCAGGAGAUUGUGAAUUGCUGCUGGCGCUAGUGACAGACCUGAGUGAACACUGGAACAGCCUGAAUGGCAAAUCUCUUCAGAGGCAGUCCAUGAUUGAAGAAGUUUUACUGUUUUCGGGUAGAUUGACUGAAUCUCUUCAGAUGAUGUUGGACUGGUUGUACAGGGCAGAGGUCACGCUGAAUGAGCAGGCCCGAGUGAAUGGUCACCUCCAAUCUGUCAAAACCUUCAUUGAGAACCACAAGGUCUUUCAGAAAGAGUUGGGUAAACGGGCCAGUUGUGUGAGGGCUCUGAAACGUGCCUUCAGGGAGCUGAACAAAAACACAGGUGUCAACUGUGUCUGGCUGAAAGCUCAGAUGGAGGAACUGAGUAAACAGUGGGAGCAAGUGUGCCAUGUUUCCGUAUCAAAGCAGUCUCUCCUUGAAGCUGCACUGUGUCAGGCUGAACACUUUCAGUCUUUGGUUCAGAAUUUCCUGGGUCGCCUCACACAGACUGAGAGGAAACUAACAGUUGGACUCAUCCCGGAGGAGGAGCAGGAUCUGCUGGAAUUUAAGCAACGUCACCAGGAGGCUGUUGACAGUCUGGAGUGUGAGUGCCCAGCUCUGGACUCUAUUAUCACUCUUGGGAAUGAGAUCCUGACUUCCUGUGAUCCGGAAUCAGUCAGCAUCAUCCAAUCCUGCAUCAACAUGGUGCAAGCACGAUGGGAGGAGGUGAGGACCUGGGCUAGUUACCAGGCAGAUCGAGUGGAAGCAGCAAUGUUGUCUCUCAGUUUGGAGCAGCAGGAUUUGCAGCAUCUACAGGAAUGGCUGGAGGAAGCAGCAGAGUCACUGAAUUGGAAAGAUCAGGAGCCUCUCCCUGAAAACACUGUGCAGCUCGAGGAGCUCCUAACCCAGCACUCAGUUUUAUUGGAUGAAUUGAGGAGAAAAAGAACAGAAAUAGAAAGAAAGAAAAAGCUCUCUUCCCAAAAUUUGAAUGAUCAGCAUCAGGAUUUUCAUCAACAGCAUGCCUCACCUGAGCAGGGCCACUGUUUGGGAUUUCAACUCCAUCUUCCUCUAAGGGCUGACUCCUCAGAUGCUGUGAGCCCUCUGGUUGCCCACCUCUUGGGAAGGUGGCAGCAGUUGUGGACACGAGCGUUGGAGAGACAGGCCCGACUGCAGGAGAAAGCCCAGAGACUUAAUGAGCUCCAAGCUCUGGAGAACUUCAGCUUUAAUACAUGGAGGAAACGAUACAUGCAGUGGAUCAGCAGCAAGAAAUUCCGGGUGCUGGAUAUUUUCCGAUGUAUCGACAAGGAUCAAGAUGGAAGAAUCAGCCAACAGGAAUUUAUACAAAGUGUUCUUGACUCCAAAUUUCCCACCAGCUCCCUGGAGAUGGAAGCAGUUGCUGCAAUUUUUGAUCUGAAUGGGGAUGGAUUCAUUGAUUACUAUGAGUUUGCCAAUGCACUACACCCAAGCAGAGACCAUCACCGAAGAACUGAGGAUGAAGAGAGGAUCGAAGAUGAGGUUUGUCGCCAGGUUGCUGAAUGUAACUGUGCCCAACGUUUCCAGGUGGAACAGAUUAGUGCACACAGAUACCGGUUUGGUGACUCUCAGCAACUGAGGAUGGUGCGGAUUCUCCGCAGCACAGUUAUGGUGCGAGUGGGAGGGGGAUGGAGUCCACUUGAUGAGUUCCUCGUGAAGAAUGAUCCUUGCAGAGUGAAAGGCCGGACCAACGUUAAAAUUAAGGAGAAGUACCUGGCACCCGACAGCUAUAGAAUUGGCACGGUGAAAUCAGCUGGGAACCAGACAUGGCCCCACUCCCAGGAGGGCUCGCCAAACAGAAAGAACUCGAGUGUAGCCUCCUUCAACUCAGCACCCAACAGCCCACUACCACAAAAGAAAAUAGAGAGAAGCAUAAAAAAGGAAUGAGGAGCUGAUUCCAGAGACAUCCUUCAUUCUAUGCCUUCACUCUCCACCUCCACACUCUCCUCAAUGUUUCUCAAUAAUACUGUGAUUUGAAAAUGACUUUUUAAAUUGCACAGGUUAUUUUACAUUGAUGUGUAGGUGAGGAAAAUGCAAAACUGAAUAAUAUUAAAAUCUUUAUUAUUCAGC